GCUUGGCGUUUUGGUAUUUCAAGUGCGAUCGUGGUAUUCGUAAGCGGAAGACGGAAUGUGCGCAUAUAACUUGGUGAUUACCCGGUAAAAACUUCAUAAGCUGUGCAACUGCGGCAACGAGGAGUUCAAACUUAGGAGCUGAAGAAUGGCAGAGGCUGGAGAAAACCGUGGUACCAAUCGCACCGCCCGCGAAGUGCAGCAAAACUUCGCCGAGUCCCUGGGUUACGCCGAAGAGAUAAUCUGGGAUUUGUUGUCCCAUGAGCAAGCCCACGUUCUAAAGAGAAAACUAAACGAACUGAUUCGUGAUCCUCCAGGACUUACAGAGGAAGAAUUGGCCGCUAAGAGCAUUGCUGAAAUCGAGAAAGAGAGAAAAGCCCUAUCGAAACUCACCGCGGAAAAUGAGAAGGCCCGUCAGAUAAUUUUCGAUGCCGUUUGGGAGCAGCGUAAAUACACCAAUCGUCAAUCGCUAACUGCCAUCAUCUACGUAAUGGUGGUGACUGACGAAAAGGACGUCAAUCGCGCCGAGGACUCCAGGACCUUCUCCUGCCAUCCUGUUUUCCGGGCCCGCCGAUGCGUCACCGGCAGCAGUGGCCGCAGCAGCGACAGCUCCGAUUGCUGCAAUCUGUUCGUCGACGAGACCGGCCGAGUCUAUCAGAACUGGGAGCAGUAUGUGGCCACCAACGAGCUGCCCGAGGGAGUGAUGGUGGCCCCCGAGAAGGGUGUCUAUCGCCUGGUCAGGGACCAUGUGCGUCUGGACAAGUACAUAACCCCCGCAGGCAGCACCAACAAGAAGGUGCUGGGCUACCUGGAUACGGGUUCGGCGAUCGGAGGCUUUGCCGCCGCCUGCGUGCCCAUAGCUGCGCUGCUGACGCUUCCCGUUUCGGGUCCGGUGAUGGCCGUAGCCGGAGCCGUGGGUUUGGCCAGUGCAGGAUACGCGACAGCCCGUUCCGGCGGCAAGUUGGUGGAUCGCAGCCAGCACGAGCAGUCGAUCAAUGUCACCAAUCGCGAGGCACGUGGCCAUUGGCUGGGCGUCCUCGCUGGCACCGUGGGAUUGGGAGCAGCUGGAGCCACCACAGCCGUGACGGCGGCCACCAACGCGGGACGCGAAGUGGGAGCGAUCACUCAGCUGACUGUGAAUGGCAUGAACAUCUCCUCCAUCGUGGUCUCGGGCACUGGAGUGGCCAACGGUGUGCUGGACUUGAUUUUGAAAGUCCAAGAUGGUGACGAUAUUACUGGCAUGGAUGUGCUGCAGCUGUCCGCUUCAUUGGUGCUGCUCACGCACAGCGUCUACAAUUUCAAACUGGCCUCGACCAUCAUCGCCGAGACGUCCAACAGUAAAUUAUCUGGCUAUCGUGAAACACUCAGUAAUCGCCAAAGACGCUCCUUUGAUAAGAUGUCCAAGGAGACCAUUCGGCUGCGAGGCACCACACGCGGCAAGCUGGACAUUAUUCGAAACGUGAACGAAAUGCCAUCGCGCCAGCAGUUCAAUGAUCUGUACAAAAUCAAUAAGAACUUGAACCAGGAGGGCGUGCGAUACUCCUUUGCGCCCGAUGGCCAGGGCAUCCUGCUAAAUGGCGAGGUGCAGACGACGGCCGCCGAUUUGCGGGCCAGUGUGCAGCAUAACCAGGGACCGAAUGUCCUGGGCCAAGUUAGUCAGCAGAUUCCGGCUAGCCAUGCCGAAUCGGGACGUCUAAAUUUAGACCAGCUAACUCAGGGCUCGCGACUAAUUGGACCGCUGCCCACGGCAAAUCCGCGAAACGAACCCAGUACUUAUGCCGCCGGGGUUUUUGCUUUGGAGCUCAGCUCCGUGAUGGUUGGCGGCGUGUUGUUUGUGCUGGAGAACUACGGCCGAGUCCUCUUUGAGCACGUGAUCAAUGCCGAGAGCUUCGAGAAUCUGAUCAGCGGCAUGGCCGAUAAUCUGGAACCGGAGGUCUUUGAUUUUAUCAUGAGGCUCACACGAACCUUCAUGGACAGCUUUCUGGACGAGCUCACCACGGUGCUGAAGUUCUUCAUUUCGACGGAGUCUGUGCUCUUCCGCAUCCUGCAGCAGGUGCUGAAUAACUACAGAGACAUGCCCUAUGAAACGGUGGAGCGGCACACUGGCGACAUCAUUCGAGCGGUCAGGGCUUACUUCAUGUCCCUCAAUCCGAACGCCUACGCGGAACUUCUCCAAAAGUGCACCACUUGUGUCGGCUACUUCAGCAUUUGUCCCUUGUAAGCGUAGGGAUUUAUGAUUCCACCUUUUAAAAUUAGUGAUUAGAAGCCAUCAAAAUGUGAUGAUUGGUGCCUUAUUGUUGAAACACAAACGAAAUUCACAAAGUUUUUAUAUGCAUCUGUGUUAAUUACUUUUUAAUCCUUUUAUAUAUGAAAUUUACAUUUAACUAAGAGCACAAAUUGACAUUGUUAAAAUCGAAAUAAAAACCAAAUUCGCAAGACGAAA